UGGUUAAACUACUAGCAUAUGAUUCCAUAUACGAUACACUAAUCAAAUAAGAACGUUUAUCAGUGAGCCCACAUAAGUAUCAGUGAAUUUUUAUUUGAUAAAAUUCAUAAAUGUUUAUUCAAACCAAACCGUAUAUCGACUAUCGACUUAGAUUUACCAUAUAAUUACAUGGCAUUGAAGUCGUAUUGACCAUUCCGGUUUAUUAUUACGUGACGUGAAUUCGGUUAUUUAUAUGAGUAGCGAAUACAUAAUGCAGUUGAACCCUUCGUACAGUUUCACCGCAUAGAAGUUUAAACGAAAAUAAAAUUGCGAAAGAGAAAGUUUCAAAGGGAAAUGGCAUCGAAAUACCUUCAAAGCUUUUUCGUAAAACAUCCAAUAAUAUCCAACAGCUUGAUAUAUGGUUCGCUCUAUGUUGGAGCGGAAUUUUCACAACAAUUUAUAACGAGGAAAAUUUUGGCGGAGGAAAAGUCCAACAUUGAUAAAGCAACAUUAGUUCGGUAUGCAGCAAUGGGAACGCUUGCUUAUUCGCCAAUUCUGUACAAUUGGUACAAAUGGUUAGAUCGCACUUUUCCCGGAACGAACAAAGCGAUCAUCGUCAAAAAACUUGUAUUGGACCAAUUCGGCGUAACACCGGUGCUGUUGGUUAUAUUUUUCACUGGAAUGUCUAUAAUGGAACGUAAAAAGGAUAAACUGGAAGAGUGCAAGGAGAAAUUUCUGCCGACAUUCGCACGCUCAUGCUUAUUUUGGUUGCCAGCUCAAUCAAUGAAUUUCUUAUUCGUUCCGCCAAGAUUUCGUGUGAUCUAUGUGGGCUCAUGCUCAUUUCUGUGGGUCAAUAUUUUGUGUUGGGUUAAGCGCCAACAAUACAUCAGCAACGAGGCGGUGAUAGAAGUUAGUAAUAAUGUUAAGAGGGAAUGAUGCACAAGA